AAUUAAAGCCGCAAAAUGAAACGUAGAAAAACGCGAAAUAAAACAAAAACAACAACAAGGGCUGGAAUCGAACGACUUAGAAGUGAAGUCAUGUCAUGGGAUUGUUAUAUAAAAGUUCCAAACUCUUGAGCAUAAUUCUGGAUUCCCUGGAAGAUCAAGAGGGUGGAGCUAUGUACAUAUCGUGCGAUGUCUCAAACGGUGGUCCUGUGGAACCAGAAACGGGCUAUGUGCCCAACAAUCCAUUAUUCGUCCUGGCGCUGGACAGUCCGCAGCAAGAGUGUGCUGCAUCCUGUGUCGGCUGCUUAUCCUGCCAAGGUAAUACCGCCCUGCCCAUAUCCUCGCUUACCAGCAGUGAUUUCGAUUGCGGUGGCUGCUUUGAUCCCACCAUCGGUGUCGGAGUGGGAGUCGGUGACGGUGACAGUGACGCUGUGCUGGGCACAACAAGCCAGUUAAAUAAUACACCACCCGCCGGCGGUAGCGGUAAUUUAGCAUCAAGUGGAGCCGGCAACGGCAGUUAUUGGAAUACCGACGAGAUGGCCUCCACAUUUCCUGGUCUACCGCCGCUGGACAUUGAUCCGUUGCCCAGUUUGUUCCCCUUUUCGCCAUGCGGUGCCUCUUACAAUUUUGCCACCAAUCCGCAUCAGGCAUCGCUGUCCUAUACGGUGCAUCCGCACCAAAUGCUCAUCUCCCCGAAUGGCAGCCAGCAGCACGGACAUGGGGGACACGGACAUUCCAGCAAUCACCAACACCAGCACCAGCAUCAGCAGCAUCAACAUCAGCAUCAGCACCACCCUCAACAGGCACAAAAUCAGGCAUCGCUCGGUGGAAACAUGCUCCACAAUAGCAUUAGCACAACGAGUGGGAAUGGAAAUGGAGCCGGCUCCGGUUGUUAUUACGAGUCGUCCGGCUCUAAUGCUCCCACAGCCGCCGCCAUGUAUCCAAGUAUGAGUGUGAAUGUCAGCAUGAACAUGACCAUGCAUCAUGGCUAUGGGGCAGCUGAUGGAAGCGGAGUGCCCAUGCAGUGCUCACAAAUGAAUUGGACACCGCCAAAUAAUUCCACGGCGGCUGCAGCAGCGGUAAAUGUGCUCUAUCCGCCGCUACUAAGUCCCACCCAUUAUCCCGCCUCGGCUACCUAUUCAUUUACGGCGGAUUUUCGUGCUCCGGCCGCAACAGCAACAGCAGCAGCAGCUGCGGCAGCAUUAGGAGCUCUACCGCCGCUGACUGUGACUGAAAAGGAGUCACCAUCGCCGCCUGCUGCAAGCACAGCGGCCGCCCUUGGUUAUCCUUAUGCUGGGACAGUAUCGGCGGGACAUGUUCAGGGUUAUUCUCCGCCGCACAAGAGUCCGAGCAGCUAUCAGGCAGCUGCUUUGAGUUUGGGCCUCUCCACCUAUGAUGAUGAUGGAGAGGAUAGCAAUGGCGAGGAUGGCGAGGACAGUGCCAGCGGAGGCGAUAUGAAACCAAAUUUGUGUCGCCUCUGUGGGAAAACCUAUGCCCGGCCCAGCACACUGAAGACGCACCUACGCACGCAUUCGGGGGAACGGCCAUACCGAUGUCCCGACUGCAACAAGAGCUUCUCCCAGGCCGCAAAUCUGACGGCCCACGUACGCACACACACCGGCCAGAAGCCGUUCCGUUGUCCCAUUUGUGAUAGACGAUUCUCGCAAAGUUCCAGCGUCACCACGCACAUGCGCACCCAUUCCGGGGAGCGGCCCUACCGAUGCUCCUCCUGCAAGAAGUCCUUCUCGGAUAGCUCCACAUUAACCAAGCAUUUGCGCAUCCAUAGCGGCGAGAAGCCCUACCAGUGCAAAUUGUGUCUGCUCAGAUUCUCCCAGUCGGGCAAUCUCAAUCGGCACAUGCGCGUCCAUGGCAACAAUAACAACAAUGGCAAUGGCAGCAGCAGCAGCAGUGGAGGAAGCGGUGGUGGCAAUGGCAUUAGUGGCAACAGUAUAAUCACAUGACAAAAGCCACGCAGUGCUGGCGGUUUUCAACAUUAUCACCCCACGCACCCGCACCACCAUUCGCAUCCACAUUCACAUCCGCAUCCGCAUUCACAUCCACAUCAUGUGCACCAUCAUCACCACCCACACAUGACCAACUAUGAUUAUGGAAAUUAUAGCAUCAGCGACUAUACUCCACCCGGCGCUACACAAAACUAUUCAGGGUAUUAUUUCUGUGCACUCAACAAACCAGCCAAGUUCGAGCGUUUCUAUUAGAGCCCAAAGGACAUGAAGUUAAUAAUCCUUAAUAAGGAAAUAAAUGGAAAAGACAAUUGAAUCUCUGCAAGUAAAUCGAGAACUUAACCAUAGAGUAGGAAUGAUCUACAAGUCCUAAUUGAAAUGCAGUUGAAAAUGCUCAAAUUUCAAAAAAACAGAAUACAUAUAAAUUGUAUUGAACCAAAUUAACAAUCAAUUGUAAAUAUAUACAUAAUUAUAUAUAUAUAUAUCCUUCCUAAAUAUUAUUGUAUUUAUUACUCAUUGACUAUUCUGAACCAAUGUUAGCGACGCGAAAUUAGUUCAUAUAAACAAUCUAUUGUAGUUGAUAAACACGCAUAAAUCUAUUCAAAAUUAGCAAACGAAUUAGUAAUUAAGUUUAAUAAAUGUAAGUAAAAGGACACACACACACACACACACACACAUACAGACACAGCAAGCACUCAAAACAAUUCAAAUCAAAAUGGUUAUGUAUCAUUGAAUAUGCAUAUGUAGUUUUAGUUAUAGACAGGUGCUUUGAUUUAAGCCAAUUUUUGCGUAUACUGAAAUAAAUUAUAAAUAUAAAAUAUUUGGCUUAUCCAAGAUAGAAUUUAAGAUGAUUGAAGUAACAAUUAACAAUUAAAAGAUAUGUCAAUAGAU